GGUGUUUACAUGAGUUGAAUUUGUUGUUGUACUGGGCUUUGUUUUAGUCGCAUGGUUACUGGUAGCUUGGCUUUCGGUUGAUUGAUUUAUGUAGCAAGUGGGCGGUGUGUGUUUGUUUGUUUGCUGUGUUGUUUUUGUAAGCCACCCACGCUAGAGUAGUAGUCAACUGAGCGAACUUCCCCAGUCUUCCCCCCAACGAUCCUUAAAAAGACUCCAUUCCCCCCACUUCGACUGCUCUCCACCAACAACUUAACACACAUACAACCAUGUCAUCAUCAUCCACUACCACCACCAACAACAACAACAACAACCCUGCUCUGAUGACCCAUCUCAGAGCUGGCUCACCCACCCCAUCAUCAUCCAACUCCGAUCACUCCUCUUCGAUCAUCAACAAACGCAAGCCAAUCGAACCCACCAUCAACCCAAAACCACCCAAGAUCUCAAAACCAACCAACAACAACAACAACCAAAACAUCGAAAACCUCCCAUUCGACCCUUUCAACCCUCAUCCGGGCAUGACCAAGGAAGAACGCAAACUGGCUAGGAUGAUCCGCAAUCGAACUGCUGCCCAGGCAUCCAGAGAUCGCAAGAAGGAGCACGUAGCUGAACUCGAGAACCGAGUCAGAGAGCUAGAAGAGCAAGUCAAGAUACUCUCCAAGCCACUCGAUCAACCACCACCGAUGGCCACCUGUCUACGUCCAUGCUGCCAACAAGCAGCAAGCCAAUCCGCAGACAAGCCAUCCUCCACCAGUCCAGCUCAGACCAUCCAACAGGCACCCUGGUCCACUCAGACCAUCUCCCCCGACUCCAUCGACCCCUCGAUCAUCCAACUCAAACCAACCUCACCCUCAUCACCCUCCUUCUCCUCCUCCUCAUCAUCAUCCCCAGAGUCAAUCAACCGGAGGGAGGAGGAGGAGCAGGAGUCUUCUAGUACCCUCGAUCCUCAACUGAAGAAAGACUCGAGCGGAUCAAACACAUCGACCAUCUCGCCCAUCCAGGCCGAGUAUCUCUCCAGCGUACGGAUCCAUGUACUCGAGGAGGAGAACGUCCAACUCAAGAGUCAGCUCGAGUACGAGCUCAAGAAGGCCCACCAGUUCAAGUGUCGACUACUCAAGAACAGACUCGGCCAAUCCAUCGGAACCGAUCACCAACCUCCUGCGAUCGACCAAGGCCUGAUCGAGUUGAUGUUGAAGGACGAGGAGAUCGAGAACCUCUUACUCUCUUCCACCACCCCAUCCUACUCCGCCACCACCUCCUCCGCCGUCUCCUCCUCCUCUUCCUCCUCCUCCUCCUCCUCCUCACCUCCCGCACCACUCUCACUCCACUCCCCCUCCUCAUCACAACGUACUCAACCAAAUUCAGACGACCUCACUCAACUCUCCUUAGACUGGGACUCACUCCUACUAGAUCGAGAGAGCUCCCCAUCAAGAAGCGAUGGGCACUCAAGUUUUGAGACGAUCAUCCAAGGAACCAAGGAACGCAAGAUAUCCGAAGAUUGGCCGAUGAUGAUCGAUGGCCUAGGUUCACCAGAAUCCGACAAGCUCCUCCUUCAAGCCCUCGACACCACUCAACCAGAGACUCCUUCACCUGAUCAGCACCCACAGGCUCCCGCAGACCGCCAACCGGCUCAGACCGAUCCGACCAGCCCCCAAGCUGCUCCUCUCUCCCACCACCGCCUCGUAGCACGCGAGGUUCUGUCCCUGCAGCGGAACGGUGGGGAGAGCAGCAGUCUGGGUCGGUCGGAUCUGGACAGACCGGUUCCGGAACCCUCUGUGGUGAACGAACUGUGGGCCAUGAUGAUGAUGCCGAUCACCCACUCUUGGACAGAUUUCUUGUCGAUCAUAAUGAUGAUGUUGAUGAUGAUGAUCAUCAUCUUCUCCGCUCCUCUAAUGAUAAUUAUGAGCUCGAAGAGGCUCGAUCAUCCUCGACAUCUUCAUCUGAUCUUCAAUCCUCUGUCCAACGUGGUCGUCAUCAUCUCUUGCUUGAUCUCGUGUUGGGUGGCCUGGAAGAACGUCGGGCGGAUCUUGACGGCCGGCUUUCGACGGACCUCAGUGACCAACAACAACAACAUCAUCAUCAAGACCAUUCCUUCGAUCAUCAACAGCCAUUCCACGGUCAAGAUGAGCGCACCAAUUCGCUCGACCAAUGGGGCAUCUUCGGCUUCCCGAUCAACGACAGUCCCGCCCUUCAAAAACCCACCUCCUCCUCUUCUUUAUUCGAUCACUCUCCCCUCCUCGCUUCGUCGUCGUCGUCGUCUUCGUCUUCUUCGUCUUUCGUCUCCCCUUCUGCAGCAGUCCCACUUCCAGAUCAUCCGGCCCCUCAGCUCGAUCUUCUUCGAUUCGGGCUGACCGAUAACGAGCUCAUUCGUCAGCCCUUGUUCCCCGACCAUCUCGCACUCUUCGAGGAUGAGUUCCUCGGCCAUGAUCAUCAUCAUCUUUAUCUCUCUUGAUCUCCUUCACUUCCCGUCCUCUUAUAUAUAUAUAUAUAUAUACAUGUCUUUAUCUUUUCUCUCUCUCUUUUUUUAUUAUGACCCGUUUUGUUUGUAUACUCAUCUGAUUGGCUUUGAAAAUCCUUUAAAAAAAAACUAAAACACAAAAA